AUGGCAAAUUCCCGAGUCACUAAGCGCUCCGCCUCAGCUCCGGUUGCUCGGCGUCUGAAGUCGGCGUCGUCCUCAAUGUCGAGCUACAACGGCGAGGGGGUGCCGCUUUCGGAGGGCAAGCCUGAAUACUUAGAGCUUUCGACCGAAGUGAAGGACUUGCUGUCCCAGCAGAUCUCCAGCGCGGUGGAAAACGUGCUGGACAGCAUGCUGCACGAGGGCACCGAGGACGCCCAUUGGCGCGGCAAGAUGCGCAAGGACGACAUCAUGUACUUCGAGGACAAAGAGAGCGUGACCAAGGGGCAGUCGCGCUUCUGCUGCGUCGGAGCGACGGACGCCUCGGUCGAGGACGUCGUCAACCUGUUCGUCGUGUCCGACACGGACAUGCUGCUGCAGCGGUGCCGCAUCAUGUACGACAACAUUAUGGACGCGCGCGUCUUGAGCGUGCUGGAGCAUCCGUCGGAGGACCACCCGCUGCGCUCCUCUUACGUGCGUUACACGGCGUUCAAGACGCCGGCGCUGCUGCGCAACCAUCGAGACAUGUGUGUAGUGGUGGCGACGGAUGUUAUCCAGUGUCCGGAUGGCUCGACCGUGGGCUACUGCGUCUGGGACUCGCUCAACUUGCCCGAGGUCUCGGAGUUCGACGUCCCGCAGGGCUUCAUCCGCAGUCGCAUGUUCCGGUCGGGAUACUUCGUGCAGAAUUCAGGAGAACCCAACGCGCAGACGAAGGUCGCGUACAUUGUAGGCAUUGAAGCGGGUGGCUUCGCUCCGAGACUGGCCACGCGCUACGUCAUGCCGCGCUUCGGUGCCGUGCUCAAGCGGGUCGUCUCGCACCUGCGACGUCGACAGCUCGACCCGUCAACGUUCGUGCCGCAGUCCGAGUGGACCGACAAGCGCGCGGUGCAAAUCUGCGAGUGCUGCAGCAAACACUUCGGCGCCGUGAAGCUGCUGGACACCAGGCGAUACAACUGCGUGGUGUGUGGAGACGCCAUUUGCCACGCCUGUCAUCACGUUGAGGAGGUCGACGUGCCUGGAGCGAGGAAUACGACGGUCGGGGUCUGUGUCGCCUGCAAAACCGCCAGCCGCAAGCAGUCUCGCUUCUCGCGCUGGUCGCGGUGGGGCUCGAGCAAUAGCAGCUUCUCGACGGAUUCAACCGAGUCGUCCACGAGGUCUCUGCCUGCGUAA